AAUCCUUUACAUCAUCCACAUCGGAUAAAGAGCCCAGCUUUGAUCGAAUUUCAAAUCAGUUUUCUAAGCAUCAACAAGUCAAUCUCGGCCCUCAAUCUUGAUCCCUCAAACCCCCUUAGAUCGAAGGUUGUCUUUCAUUUCAAGCUCACCAUUUUCUAGUUUAACAAAUUUGAAGAAUAUUCGCAUCAUCCCAUGUAAAUCCGCGGCGAAGAAUCUGAGAAGAAAGAUUAUUGAUGUUUUCUUAAAACGGGUGUUUCGCAUUAAAGAUCAGAUAUUGGAAACGAAUUUUUGGAGUGUGGAAGGGCACAGCAUCAAUGGCUUCACCCCGUCUUGUUCCUUUCGUGCUUCUACUACUUUUUGUUGGAUGUUCUGCAAGAGCUCUUUACCCACUCCCUAGCAGGAGAAAUGAUAGAAACAGACGACCACUCCAGACAUUUCGUGCAUAUAACGUUGCACAUCGUGGUUCAAAUGGCGAACUUCCUGAAGAAACUAGUGCUGCAUACAUGAGAGCUAUUGAUGAAGGUGCUGAUUUCAUAGAAUCAGAUAUCUUGGCCUCCAAAGACGGUGUUCUCAUAUGCUUCCAUGAUGUAAACCUUGAUGAUACAACAAAUAUAGCCAAUCACACGGAAUUUUUAGACCGAAAGAGGACCUAUGAGGUUCAAGGGGCCAAUAUUACUGGCUAUUUCACAGUUGAUUUCACGCUAGAGGAGUUAAAGUCACUACGGGUGAAGCAGAGAUACUCUUUCCGGGACCAACAGUACAAUGGAAAGUUUUCCAUCAUUACAUUUGAAGAGUUUAUUUCAAUCGCUCUGGAUGCACCCAGAGUUGUAGGAAUAUAUCCAGAGAUAAAGAAUCCAGUAUUCAUCAAUCAACGUGUAAAGUGGUCCAAUGGUAAGAAAUUUGAGGACAUAUUUGUUGAGACACUCAAGAAGUAUGGAUACGAAGGUUCUUACUUGUCAAAGAAGUGGCUGAAACAACCUGCUUUUAUUCAGUCAUUCGCCCCAACAUCUCUUACGUACAUAUCAAACCAGACUGACCUGCCCAAGAUUUUUCUAAUUGAUGAUACGACGGUACCAACUCAAGAUACAAAUCAGUCAUUUUGGGAGAUCACUUCAGAUCAUUACCUCGACUAUAUCAAAGAGUAUGUUAUGGGAAUUGGACCCUGGAAGGAUAACCUGGUUACUUCUUCAAAUAAUUAUCUACAAACCCCCACCGAUCUUGUAGCCAGAGCCCAUGCACAUAACCUUCAGGUGCACCCUUACACCUUCCGAAAUGAGAAUCAGUUUUUGCACUUCAACUUCAGUCAAGACCCUUAUAAAGAAUACGAUUAUUGGAUAAACAAAAUAGGGGUUGAUGGGCUCUUCACAGACUUCACCGGGAGCUUCCACCAAUAUCAGGAAUGGACUUCCCCAUUCUCAUCUAGUGAGAAAGAUGCAUAUAAUCUUCUCGACAAGAUUGUUGCGAUGAUCUCAAAGUUCAAGCACAGUUAGUGUUAUUCUUCAGUUAGUUGGACUUAUUACUAGACUCAGGCUCACAGAAAUUUGCCUUGUUCCAUAUAUUUCUGUUUUAUACCCAAAGAUGUGCCUUCAAGAAUCCUUCAAGAUCGGACGAAUCGAACUGGUUUUCUGCUGGGGGUGAUUUGGGGUAGAAUAACUGAACUUUGGUUGUAGAGAAUGAGGAAAUAAUUUUGCUUAUGUUUUUCUGAAGACAUUUCUGUGGAUCGCAGUGUACAUAGGAGUUUAAUGCAUUGGCUUUGCCUUUUCUCCUCUAAGCCCAAA